ACUUUAAAUUAAAGUCCUUUUUUUCUUAGGAAAAAAUAAGAAGGAAAACAACAACUUGCCUGGUUUUUUUUGCCCUUCGAAAAUGAUUUUUUUUGGAACAUUAAAUUUGUUCACAUAUAAGCAGUUUCUUAUGUUUACUCUCCCAAUUGGUAAUAGCAACCUUGGCUAAGUUGGCUUGGUUAAGAUAUUGAUUCUGUGUAUAUAAGUUGCUAAAGAAGAUUGGUCUAGGAAUUGGUUUUGUCCUUCUAGAGGACCAUCGGAUCCUUAAGAUCAUAUAUUGUUCUCUAGUUAACUUUAUGUUGAUAUAUUUCUUUUUGAUCUUAUGAGUGAUGAAGGUGAUGACAACAUGAGGGAUAAAAUGGAUCAUUUUUUAGAUUACCUUACCUCCUCAGGUUGUUUGAGCGAAGGGUUUAGGCCUUCUUGUAAAUGGUUCUGGGAAUUAUAAUGAGAAUAUGGGUUAUUUUUUUCUAUUUUAUUUCUAAAAUUUGCUUUGGUGGACUGUACAACUUGAUAUGCUUCUCGGAGGAAUAAAGGAUGUUGACAGUGUACUUAAGGACAAUAUUGUUUUUAAAUGUAAACACUAUUUUUGAGUUAUGAUUUUUCAUAUCCUUAGAUGAGUCUUUCUUAGAAACAGGAAGCCUUUCCUUACAUGUCAAAUCAUAUGACAUUCCUCAGCAUUCAUCUUCUUGCAUAAACUGAUCAUUUUUAGUUACAGUUAGGAAUAUCAUAACGGUUUUAACAAGGGAUCACUCAUUUGCUGAUAUAAUCUUAUGAAAUUUAUUGUGUUCGUUGAAUUAUAGAAGGGUCUUAGAUGUGUGUAGCUUGCCAUCAAUGGUCAUAUUUUUGUUGUAUUAUUUAGUAUGCACUCUAAAAAAGGGGUUAUUUGCACUUCCAUCCAGAUACUGUCUUGUGGGUCUGCACCUUAUGAAGAAAAAAGCCUGCGUGUGCUUAGUUAGCCACUUUUUGAUGAAAAGUCUUGAUUCAUCCAUUUCUGAUACUUUCUUUUCCUCAAUUUUGCUGCCAUAUUGAAGUUAUACAUAAUAACCAUCUUCUCUUAUGAAUAUCAUAUGUUCAAAGUGGGGCAUCAAGUUCAAUAAUGAGAAAUUGUAUAAAAUAUCAAUAGGUACCUGCUUUAUCAGAUACAAGGCUCUCCUAGUAGAACUUGCUGGAAAUUGUUAUGCUUUACAUUAAUCAUUAAUAGUUAACUAUCUGUUUCUAACAUCAGUAAGCUGGCUGGAGUUGACUACCAUUUUAAAAUAGACUACUGGAUGAUUGAUCAGAAUUUGAAUAACUUUUUUGGGCAUGUGUGUUUUGGGUGAAGAAAGUUUUAGUUUCUUUUCACAGUACAUUUGGUCAAUGAGGUACUGGAAAGAUGUAAUAUCUGAACUUCUAUACCUAUUAAACAACAUUUGUUACGUAGUUCUUGUUAUAUUAUCCAUUUAAUUGCAACCAUGAUUUACUUCUCAUGAGCAUUCCCAUUAUGUUAUUCAUUUACCUAUAGCCAUGUGUUACUGCUUGCAAGCAUUUUCUGUAGAACCUGAAGUGCUUUUUUUAAAGAAUUUCAAGGGUAAACAAAAAAAAUUGACAAUACCUUUCUGCAUUUUCUUUCAGUUGAUUCUGAAUGGAUUCUACUGCUGGUUAACUAUAAGUAAAAUUUAUGGCCUUUGAUUUUGGGGUGAUGUUCUGGGGGGAGAACAAGAAUUAUGUCAUCAGAUUGGAUCAUAGUGCCUGCACAUUGAUUUGGAAGAGCUAUACUAAGAGCAGCAACUGUGGAAUGGCAUUCAGAACAUCCCCAAGAAAACAGAAAACAUCCUCGGGAUUUGCACCUGUGCUUUUUGAAUCUUUGCCAUCUUUUAUACCUUUGUCUAUCAAGAUCCCUAUGGAUGAUGGUUACCAUGAAUCCUUUUCUCUAUAUUGCUGUUUUUUAUAACAUUAUUGAUUUCUAUACAAGUUGCUCAAGGAUUUGAUUGAGCCAGGAAGGAAAUUUAUAACAUUCUCAAAAUGCCCAGUUUAGGAAUUCAUGGCCUUCUUGGUGGUAGAAAAAGAUUUGUUGAUUUGGAGGUGCAACUACAUGUUCCAGUUCAAACUAAUCUGGCCCUUACCCUGCAAGCAUCGCAGGAGUUAUACUGCCCUGUUAUUCCUGGGUUACCUGAUGAUGUGGCCAAGUUCUGUCUCACGCUUGUGCCCCGCAGAGACCUCCCUGUUAUAGGUGCUGUUUGUAAGAGAUGGAUGUCAUUCAUUAAAAGCAAGGAGUUCCUUGCUGUAAGGAAGGAGGCUGGAAAGCUUGAGGAGUGGGUGUAUGUCUUAACUGGUGAUGCUGAUGGAAGGGAGAACCAUUGGGAAGUAUUAGUUGGCUCUGGGGAAAAAGGCAAGGUGCUGCCCUCAAUGCCUGGUCCUGUCAAAGCUGGGUUUGGAGUUGUCGUUAUUGAUGCCAUCCUUUUCAUUAUUGCUGGUUACUCAGUUGACAUUGGGAAAGCAUGUGUUUCAAAUGAUGUUUAUCAGUAUGAUUCUCAUCUUAACAGAUGGAGCACAUUAGCCAAGAUGAAUGUUGCUCGCCAUGACUUUGCUUGUGCCGAGCUUAAUGGCAACAUAUAUGCUGUGGGUGGGUUUGAUUCUAAUGGUGACUGCUUAUCGAGUGUUGAAGUUUAUGACCCCAACAGAAAUAUGUGGACCUUAAUCGCAAGCCUUCGCUGCCCAAGGUGGGGUUGCUUUGCUUGCAGCUUUGAGGGCAAGCUUUAUGUAAUGGGUGGGCGUUCUAGCUUCACAAUCGGCAACUCCAGGUUUGUGAAUGUGUACAAUCCACAGCACCACUCAUGGUGCCAGAUGAAAAGUGGCUGUUUGAUGGUUACUGCACAUGCUGUGCUGGCCAAGAAGCUAUUCUGUUUCGAGUGGAAGAAUCAGCGGAAGUUGGCAAUAUACGAUCCGGUUGACAACUCAUGGCGUAAGAUCCCUGUGCCUGUUACAGGGAGCUCAGCCGUAGCAUUCCGCUUUGGGAUAUUUGAUGGCAAGUUACUGCUUUUCUCACUCGAGAAGGUACCGGGGUACCAGACACUGCUUUAUGAUCCUGAUGCUCCUGUAGGAUCUGAGUGGAAAACAUCUUCACUUAAGCCUUCUGGCUUGUGUUUGUGCAGUGUCACAAUCAAGGCAUAAUGGUCACAUGCUUAGGGUUCUGUGAAUGGUUGUUAUUGUUCAUAUGUUCUUCACAUUGCAUAUGAGACCUGUUCUCCUAUUAUGUCAAUUAGGUCUAUGAACUCUGGAAUUGUUGACUGCAUAUUCCUGCAAGUUGUGGUGGAUUUUUAGUA